AAAACUCUAUUGUGCUUAUAGCAUCGACCAAAGAACUUGAAUUACUCAAUUCUAUCCUUGCCCACGGCUCCCUCGUUCAAUAGAUAGCAGAAACACAUAUCGGCCUGUUUCUCUCCGUCAAUUCACUGCAACUAUGGAACAAUAUCUAAAAGAUAGUCCCUCGGACUACUCCAAUACCAACACCAACGAAACCAACAAUAAUUACAUCGACAAUUUUGACUCCAACUUCAACUUGGGCUCCCAAUCUGGCGACGACAACUUCAAUACCCCCACCACCAAUGGUAACGGCAUCGGUGCUGCCAAUGAUUUCAGUUUAAAUAUUGAACAGCCAUACGGAGGCGAUAACUUGGGUCCAUCAUCAUUCACCAACGAGCCGUUUAUGGACGAUUUGGACGCCUUCCAAGGUCAAGGGGGGUUUGGUAAUUCUCAACCCCCCAAACAAACAGUCAAUUUGGAUGAGCUCAUAUCCCCAAACAACAACGCUGGAACUGACUCAAUGGGACAAGGGGCGUUUUUGGACCCCCAGUACUUUUCACCUAUGGGGUCUUUGUCCAAUAAUAACAAUAUCCUCAGCCCUCAAACUCAAUACGAUAACACCUCGAUCAACAAUAACUUCGACUUGAACUCUGGCUCAUACUUGUCUCCCCAGCAGGACUCAUUUAUGUCUCCUAGUGGGACCAAUUUUCAGAACAGUUACGACACUUUAAAGUCUCCAAAUUUUGGUAGCUAUUUGAACUCACCUCCGCAUCAGUACAAUAUGACCAGCUCCAGUAUACCCAACACUAUCAGCCACUUUUUGUCACCGCCAGCCAAUAAGUCCAUGUUGGGGACCCUGGCACCCACAAUGCCCAACUUAAACGAAGCCGCGGGCGGCCCUGACAGCAACAGCAGCACUAAUAGCAAAGGUGGUGUACCUUCGAAGCAGCUCAGCAAAGAAGAAAAGCUCAGGAGAAGAAGAGAGUUCCACAACGCUGUGGAAAGAAGAAGACGGGACUUGAUCAAAGAGAGAAUAAAGGAACUCGGGGUGUUGGUGCCGCCUUCAUUACUCAACCCCCAGCUAGUGGCCGUACAAACCCUCAAGAACUCCAAGCUCAACUCGGGCGAAAUCAAUGACCUUCUCAGCUCCGUCAAGGUCAAGGAGUCUAAGGCCAAUAAGAGUACCAUCUUGAUCAAGUCUGUGGAUUACAUUAUUCACUUGAAGUAUGUGCUUGAACAACAGGAAAAGACCCGGGAAAACUUGGAAGCCAAACUCGCCAGCUUACAGCCGGGUGAUAUUUCCAGUCAACAGCAGAAUUUGCAGCCACUGAAGCCUCAUUUCAUGGACGAUUUCCAGAACCAUUCGCAGUCGCAGUACAUUAAGGAAGAAGAUAACUUUGACCCCGAUGAGUUUUUUCUGGAAAUCAUCACUGGCAAUGACAAUGGCACUGGCGGGUUUCGCUAAGCUUAUAGAAUCCAAACAAAGUGUACAAUAUAGACCUGGUGUAUAGAAGAUGUAAAUGCACAUUGGCUGCGUCACUGUUAUUAGGCAGGCAGCCAAAACGCGCACA